GCAAGGUGAGGCAACCCGUCGAAAGGGCAAACUCGGCUGAUAUAAAACGUGAACAUCCCUGCAUUCUGUACUCGAACUGUGAACCUCGUCGGACUAUCACAUCACUACACAUCUGACGAACUACUAUGUCGAGUCUGAGUAUUGUCUUGUCUGCCAUUUUGGUGGCGGUUGUUUCUGCUGGUCGACUAGAUCACCUGACUCAAGGUUACGGUGGCGCAGGUGCAUACAAUGCUCCUCCAUCCCAGUACGAAAAUAUAAAUAAUGGCGAUGGAACUUAUCGUUUUAGUUACGAUACUCCAAGUGGAAUAUCAGCCCGUGAGAGUGGUUCUCCACGUGCGGCCGGCCCCGAAGGUCUAGCUGUGACGGCCGAGGGUGGAUUCUCCUACCGUGCUCCUGACGGGCAACAGAUCUCGCUGACGUAUACGGCUGAUGAGAAUGGCUUCCAUCCUGUUGGCUCCCACAUCCCUACACCGCCUCCCAUCCCUGAAGCUAUACUCCGUUCUAUUGAGUUUAACAGGCAGAAUCCGUCUUCUGACAACGGCGCUUACAACGGGGGGCGCAAUGCUUACCGCUAUUAAGUCAUAUUUAUAAGAUAACAAGUGUCAGCUUACCUCAGAACAUGGACUGUGAUAUCGAUGCAAACAUUAUUACUAGUUAAUUAUUUAACUAACGAUGUGUAAUUUAUGAAUAAAUAUAUUUUUGAAAAGUUAA